AUGUCUUUGUUUAUAUGUCUUUAUAUCAAUCUGUGUUUAUAUUCUAUCUAUCUAUCUAUCUAUCUAUCUAUCUAUCUAUCUUCACAUUCCCUCUCUAUCUCUACGUGUCUAUCUCUGUCCACAUUCUGUUCAUCUCUAUCUUUCAAUCUAUCUAUUUCUGUUCAUAUCUAUCUAUCUAUCUAUCUAUCUAUCUAUCUAUCUAUCUAUCUAUCUAUCUAUCUCAGUCUAUUCAUAUCUCUCUCUCUCAGUCUAUUCAUAUCUAUCUAUCUAUCUAUCUAUCUAUCUAUCUAUCUCAGUCUAUUCAUAUCUAUCUAUCUAUCUAUCUAUCUAUCUAUCUCAGUCUAUUCAUAUCUAUCUAUCUAUCUAUCUAUCUAUCUAUCUCAGUCUAUUCAUAUCUCUCUCUCUCAGUCUAUUCAUAUCUAUCUAUCUAUCUAUCUAUCUAUCUAUCUAUCUAUCUAUCUCAGUCUAUUCCAUCUAUCUAUCUAUCUAUCUAUCUAUCUAUCUAUCUAUCUAUCUAUCAUCUAUCUCAGUCUAUUCAUAUCUAUCUAUCUAUCUAUCUAUCUAUCUAUCUAUCUAUCUAUCUCUGUUCACAUUCUCUCUCCCUCUGCCUUCUUUUCGUUAUCUAUCUAUCUAUCUAUCAAUCUAUCUAUCUAUCUAUCUAUCUAUCUAUCUAUCUUCAGCCUCUUCAUAUCUAUCUGUCUCAGGCUGUCAUUUCAUCUAUCUGUCAGCUCGUUCUUUCAUCUAUCUAUCUAUACUAGUCCGUUCUUUCAUCUAUCUCAGCCUCUUCAUAUCUAUCUAUCUAUCUAUCUAUCUAUCUAUCUAUCUAUCUAUCUAUCUAUCUGUAAUCGACGCUUCGCACGCAUAUCCAUUAAGGUGAUAUCUCACGCGUUCACGAAUCGAGAAGCACUUCUUUUUCUCUAUCUUACACCUCUCUCUCACUCUAUCUCUUUCUCUGCCUUCCGGUGUUCAUUCUAUCUAUCUAUCUAUCUAUCUAUCUAUCUAUCUCCUUAA